ACGGUUUCGAUGACUCAAUGGGAAGCUUCGUCCAUUGACAGGUCAAAAUGCCACGUCUGACCGCCUGCCCCGCCAUGGUGCACCCCGCGGUGAGAGGUCUUAUCUUAUCAGAGUGUAAGCCAAUCAGGUGGCAGGACUUAGAUACAAAUUAAGAGGCCCGUUGGAAUUCUCAUUUCCCAACACCACCCAAGCUCAUCAUACCUUCAUCUCCUGAUCUACUUAUGCCUCCUGCUGUGUCUGCUUCCUCGGCAGUAACUGCUGGCCUUUAUUACGCAGGAGUUCAUCGCGCUGUUCGAUCAAGUCUUUUUGGAUAUUGUGCAACCUACCGUGAUUUGGUCAGCAUUCAGAGAACCAUGAAACAGCACACAAUACAGUAUCUAGGGGCUCUUACUUCCACACGACCUCUAGAAAGAAUUCUUCAAGUUUCGUCUUGUCAACGCCUGGUGGGUCUCUCGACUUGAGGCAGAACUUGACGGCGGAAUAGAAGUCGCUUCCUGCUUUCUUCGCCCUCUUGUUGUCUUCAUCGUCGUCGUCGUCAGCCAAGACAUCGUUGAAAAUCGGCCUCAAUUCUUCGAGCGAUUUCUUGACUAUUGGGUCCGAGGUCGAAGAGUCGUGGUAUCCGAAGAAUAUCGAGUUCACGUCAACAACAGCCUUGUUGACCUGGAUUUCCUGUAACGGGCGUCCCAAGCCAAUCUCGACCAAGAUCAACCCCAGUGAGAAGAGGGGGUAUCUUUGCAGACUCGAGGCCACAUUCUUGUCCUUUGGAUCAUCGCUCAGCUUCGACUGGCACCAACAUGGCUUCAACGUCGCAGUCCCAUUGCCCGACCCAUUCGGUGUGGCUGGUGCCGCAGCGCAAGCCGCUGGCGGCACAUCCUUGUCGUCACUGCUAAGGCCUUUAACCGCAAACAGAUACCGCUGGUCGACGAGGAACGUGCUGUUGGUAGUAGUGUCGAGAGACGAAAGGUCAUACUCCUGGAUAUUGCAGCUACAUACCCAACUCAUCCACUUGGACUUGAAAAAGAGCAAGCAGAACUCGGAAAUGUGGAAAGCUCGCUUCAUUUUCCAUAUUUGAUGAUCGAUCUUGCGUAUUGGGUCGUCCACGGACUCCCUCGCUGAUUGCGAGCUUAGUUGGCUGCGCAGUGAUGUAGGCUCUGGUAGGUUGCCAACGACGUUCUGAAGCUCUUCUAGCUUCAUGGUUACGCGUUGACCUUUUGUGACCAGCUCGAGCCCUGCUUCACCGCCCCCCGCAUGACCGGAAACGACGUCGAAGGCUUCGGAGAAAAGCGUCUUGCAUCUCUCGGGCACACGAGCUGGGUCUGGGCCGAGGCUUUUGGUCUGAGAUGCUUCUGCAAUCACUUGCGAUCUUGGUUCUAUCCCGUCAUGCGGGCGCUGGCGAAAGAAGAGGUCGAGUUCGAUAUCCAACUCGAGUUUUCGUCCCCUACCCAAGCAGCAGUCCCGAAGCUGGUUGGACGUCAACCACGUGUGCAUGGCAAGCUUCACCAGGUGGUGCUGGUGUCCAAACUGAUGCAGAGCCGAGGUCUCGGGUGGCCGUGGUUCUUUUUCUCCAAAAUCUUGACGUCUCCAGAGACGCCAGUAGGCCUCGUCGCUCAUCGUAUCCAGGCCCAAGACGAGCGUGUCAAGGGUUUCGAGGAUUCUGUUUAUGUUGCCUCCCGAUCGGAACAAGACAUCCCGCCCCUUUUUCCUAAAGAUACCGAAACAACCUCCUCCCCGGUCAAUCCUGCGAGUGUUGAGCAGCUUUUGGAGCUUGGCCACCUCGUCUUGGAUACACUUGACGUGCUCUGUUAUUUCAGAAGCGGAAGAGCCCCAGAACUUGGACUGCAGGCUUCCUUGCUGUCCCGCCUCCUCGGAAUACACCAUCCACCGCCAUUGCCACUUUUCUAUGUUUUUUAUGAUCUUGAGCAACUUCACCCAUCGAGCGCGGUCGAAGAAUUCGUAGUUCUUCCAAUCGGUCGCGUCGGAAGCGAGUGACGGGAAGGCAUCGCGGAAAGUUGUGAUGAUACUAAGGAUCGUCCCAAAGAGUGAGAUUGCCUCCAUUGCGCCUCGCGAAUGACCUUGGGCUGAUUAGACCGAAGCCUAUUGCCCCAGGUCACUCUAUCGUGUUCAGAUGGGCUGAAUUGGCUUUCCCAGGCUGAGCGUCGGCGGUAUUUCGGGUUACUGCUGGAGAGGUGCAUAGAUCGAAUGGCGGGCCUGGAGCACAGGGUGGAGAGCGAAGUGAAAGGCACGCAAGGCCUCACCUUCGUCGAGUUCGCAAUUCGCGAUGAUGGCGAUGGGGGCACGCGGAGGCGUAGUACUGUCCCAGGAGAAGUUCUCCGCCAGAACAGAGCGUGAUGGUCGCAUGAAGAGAGGGGAACACCCCAUGCGCCAGAUUUCCCUGAGGUGUGGCCGAGGGAUGCGCCAAAGGCAAGGCUGGGAGUAACACAACACCAAGUGGGUGGCCUCUUAUGUGUUGUCGCUGCCCAAUUUGACCUAUAGCCGCCAACAUGAGCUGCGAUGGCUGGAGCGGUCCAGUGAUUCCUGCGGCACAGUUGCAUGAAUGCACCCGGGCUAUGGUCAAUUGAGGUUCGCUAAUUCGCCUUCAUUGGACGGAACGCCUGCAGCUGAGCAUCGAGACCCAUACUCACGACCAUAUCUGGUGUCGGUCGGUCAACCUGCCUGCAUUUGCGACGCUGGCAUUGCAAAACCGACAUGGGAUAACCCCUCGCAAUCAGUUCUCGAACGGCGCCGACGUCAAGGCUUUCUGCCCUCUGUCUACAUUCGCCUCGAAUAUCUCCAGCUCCGCGUCUGACGUCGCUGUCGGCGACAUACGACUCGACCUCAGCAAUCACCCUUGUGGUUCACUCUGCUUUUGUGGGGAAGAUUAGAAUCUAACACCACAACAUGGCCGAGGCCGAUGGCGUCGGCAUCGCCGCCAUUAUUCUAGCUGCUGGCGCAUUCAUCGUCUCGGUCGUUUUUCUUGCCGCCCAUUUGUUUUCUAAACCCACCGGCUUCGACCACUGGGACAGCGGAAUGAUGGGCAAAUGGGCCGACUACAGAAAAACGAAGACUUACGGCUUGUUAUCCUUCUCGCGGGGACGACGGACCGUGACAGAAGCUGAGCUACCGGUCAUCUUCCUCGCUCCUCGCAACAAUGCGCGCGGCCCUGUUCAAGGCAAGCCGAUCUGGUAUAUCGAUGGCUCGCGCCAGAGCUGUGAGGAUACCAGAGUGAUCUACGAUCCGGACCCUGGCCCCUCGAGCUUCGGAGAUAAAAAGAUUCAUACAGUUCAUAACGAGCGGGCGUCUUGGGUGAGGUUGCUGGAGACGAUUCAAGGGAUGGAGAGAGACUCGAUAGCCUGGGAAAUGGACAUGUGGCGCAGUGUUGAAGGGGUCAAUGCUGGUGGGAUUUCGAGGAUAUCACGCAAUUUUGAGUUUCCAACUUUGGCUGUCGGCGUCCAAAGCACCAUCCGCACAUUCGAUGAGACGUCCGUUUUACGUCGGCCUUAUGCCACGACAACCAUUACCCACCUGAUCGAGCUCACGGCGACAUUAGGCCUCUACUGGAAGAGGUUCGACCAGGACGAGGAUGUGUAUCGAGCCGAGGGAAAUGGAAUGAGCAUCCACGGAUACCGAGUGCGCGAGUUUGGUCUCGUCUUUACGUUUGCAAAGACAGGCAUCACAAACUUCAGGAACCAUCGCGUGAUCCCGACGGAGGAAGUAAAGGAGCUCUGCUAUGGAAACGUACCAACGAUCUAUCGCCUUCGAGACUGGGAGGAUAAAACCCUGCGUAAUCCUGAUGCGACCAGGAGGCAGAAGGAGCUCAAGACAUUGCAGCUAGGAAGCCGUCGAGAGAUCGCUGCGACACUCUCACUGAUAGGAUGCGACAGCAACACGAUUGAGCAUUUCUCGAAGGGACAUUCCCGACAAAACCACUUUUUUCCAAUUAUUUUCGAGCUUCUAGGAAUGCUCGGCCGCACUCUCCAUCAAAAGGACCGUUGUUACACCUAUCUUCCGAACCCCACCAUAUAUGCCUGGGAGACGAGGGCUUUUUCAUUGAGGUUACUCCUCACGGCCUUUUCCCAUCAUCUCGAUACAAUCGCUGCACGGGACGACUCGAAGCGGACGUCGUCCGACCUGGAAGUAUUAGCCGAGCAAGCGGCCAUAUUGAGAGAAAGCCUGCCCCCUACAAAGGACGAAGGCUAUGACCCCAAGCAACUCAAUGUCCUGAAUGACUCCAUCAGCGCAGCCGACGCCAUCCUCGCGGCGGUUCCCAAGCCGCUGGUUCUAGAUGUGAUUCAGCGACACAUCCAUACCGUGCAUUCGGCCCUCAACCCAGAGCAUGGCGAAAAGCCUAUCCGCUCGCUCGUCAACCUACUCAAUGCGCCACGCGGCGAGCGCGAGGCGGAAUUCAUGGCAGCCUACUUCGAUGACGUCCGCCCAAUAGUCACAGACAUUGGCUUACCAGACCCGUCCCGAUUCCUGUGGGCUCGGCUGGAAGAAGGUGCCAGCUUCGACUCCAACGGCGAGAAAACACGCCAGAUCGAAGCCGAGUUGCGGCAACCGGCGGGCGACAAACCAGCACCCACACCCCGGCUUGCUCGAGACGACACGGAAGCGAGGAUAGACCCGGGGCGGAACACGGUGUGGUGCACGCUGGUAUUUCGGAUGAUUUGCUGGCUGCUGCUGCACAACUUUGAUCAGAACGAUGUGCAGAUGCCAAAGAGUGAACUGUUGGGGAGUCGGUUGCCAGUGUAUAUUAUUUAG